UGGCAUGUGUUUGCUCCAACUUUGACGUGAAUAUCCAUUGCCUGAUUAGUUGAUUUGUUCAAUAUGUUAAAAUAUUUAGGUUGAUAAUUCAAAAAUGAUACCAAAUAUUUUUCGCGGAAGCCUUUCGAGGCCAAAAAGUUAUUGUUUGAAUAGAGGUAUCAAAUUGAAAAGUCGUGACUUCCAUCGAUCGGCUUUCGUUACAAAUAAAAUUGAAGACAAUUCUGUACAAAAUAAUAAACAAACGAUAAAGAACUUGCUAGAGAGUUCGGCAGCUUUUGUUGAGACGAGCCCAAAACAAAGUUUAGAUGAAUGGGCGACAUUGCCCUAUGUCGAGGGGACAAUACUCUCGAAAAAAGACAGAAACGACAUGGACAUUCAACGACCGAAGAUUGAUCCACGGGAUACAUCCAUCAUUCUGUUUCCGGGCCAAGGUGCUCAAUUUGUUGGUAUGGCAAAAUCGUUAGAGAAUGUACCUGUUGCUAAAGAUCUAUUUGAUUAUGCCAGCGAAAUCCUCAACUAUGAUUUGUUAAAACUAUGUAACAAAGGACCAGCCAAAGAGUUGGAUGAUAUUCGUUACAGUCAUGUGGCUAUAAUGACCGCAUCACUGGCCAACUUGGAAUUACUUCGCGAAGAAAGGCCGGAUGCCGUGUUGAAUUGUGUAGCAACCGCUGGUUUUAGCCUAGGUGAAAUUACUGCUCUGGUAUUUGCCGGCGCUCUGCAAUUUGGCGAUGCAUUACAUUUGGUUCAAGUUCGCGCUGAAGCAAUUCAUGCAGCUGCUGAAAUAUACAAAGGAGGAAUGGCUUCUAUUUAUUUCCGUCCGGAUUCAAGGGUGAUAGAGGCUUGUCAGAAGGCAAAAGAAUGGUGUUUAAAGAAUAACGUUGAAAGAGCGGAAUGUUUGAUAUCGAAUUUCAUGUUUCCACGAUAUAAAGUGCUAUCUGGCAGUGAAGAAGCACUUCAAUAUCUUGAAGAAAAUUUCAAAAAAUUCCGAAUCGGUUCGAUAAAGCGAAUUAAAAAUGCACCGGCCUGUCACUCAAUUUUGAUGGAACCAGCCGUUGAACCUGUACGAAGCGCGCUUGAGCACAUUCACGUAACAGAUCCACUUAUUCGAGUGUAUUCCAAUGUAAGUGGCAAAAUGUACAUGAGUGCAGAACACAUUUUGAAGCUAUUGCCGGAACAAUUAGUUAAACCGGUGAAAUGGGAGCAAACUAUGCACAUGCUAUAUGCUCGAAGACAUAAAGAAUAUUUUCCACGGACAAUAGUUUGUGGUCCAGGUGUUGCGCUUAGAAGCAUCUUGAGAUCAAUCAAUUCAAAAGCUUGGCAACAAUCCAUUCACAUUGGUGAUAGAAAACGUAAAUGAAUGAAUAAAUAAAACUUCUUUUUGUCGACUUUUAAAUUAUGUGUUUUGAUACUACUUUACCGACAAUGAACAAUCCACUGUUUGAAAUCUGUCACUAUUCCAAACACACGUGUCUUUUGACAGGUUACCGCAAGCAAUUUGAAAUAAAUUUAUAAACAUAACACUGUCAUAAUUUCGUUUUUGGCUCGGCGAUAAAAUGAUGCAAAGGCAAAUCUACACAGAGGUAUUCCACAAAGUAAAAUUGCUAUGUGAGUCACGGAGAUUUUUCAGCAGCACCAAAAAUGACACAGAGAAUAGUGAAAAUCGACGACGUUUUUUGCGGCAAAGUCAAGGAUUAAAACGAGCAAGUUCGCGUCCAGAUGAAUGUCCGGAUAAUCCAACAAUAGUCUUAUUUCCCGGACAAGGUGCACAGUUCGUUGGAAUGGCCAAAUCACUCGUUGACAUUCCUGAAGCCAGAGACUUGUUUGACAUUGCCAGCACAAUUCUUAGAUAUGAUCUGCUGAAGCUGUGUAAUGAAGGUCCAGAACAAAAGUUGAAUAAAACCGUUUACUGUCAGCCAGCAAUAAUGGUUACCUCUUUGGCCUGUCUUGAGCUACUGAAAAAACAUCGACCGGAUGCCAUUGAAAGUUGCAUUGGAACGGCUGGAUUUAGUUUGGGUGAAAUAACAUCCUUAGUAUUUGCUGGUGCCUUACCUUAUGAUCAAGCCAUUGAAUUAGUUCGUGUUCGUGCGGAAGAAAUGCAGCUGGCUAGUGAUAAGAAUAAGGGUGGGAUGGCAACCAUUUUAUAUAAAAGUGACAAAAGUUUACAGCUCAGUUUAGCAUGUGAAAAGGCAAGAGAAUGGUGUUUUGAUGCGGGCGUCGAAAAUCCGGACUGUGUUAUUGCAAAUCAUUUGUUUCCACAAUGCAAGGUAAUAUCAGGUAGUGAAGAGGCACUACGAUAUAUCAGUCAGAAUUUGAAAACAUAUAAUUUGGAUAAAAUGAAACGAAUCCCUGCGUAUGGAGCCUUCCACUCGGCUCUCAUGGAGUCAGCUGUUGAACCAUUUGCUAAGGCGUUGAAAAAAAUGAAUGUUGAGGAUCCAAUUAUUAGCGUUUAUUCAAAUACAACUGCUAGACGAUAUGAGAGCAAAUCACACAUUCUAAAACAGUUGCCUACGCAAAUUGUGCGACCGGUGAAGUGGGAACAAACAUUACACGUUUUGUACGAACUCAAAAUAAACAACCAAUUUCCAGACACAUUUGUGUGCGGUCCAGGAACAGCUUUGAAAACGAUCUUGAAACAAGUCAACGCAAAGGCCAAUGAAAAAACAUUCAAAAUUGGAGACUAGGCCGACCAGAUAAAGCAACAGAAUUAUUGGAAUUAUUUUUAGCUAUUAGAAUAAAAAUACUAAAAACACAUUUGAUAACGA